CUUGUCAUAGAACAGGUCUGGUAACCCCUGGGGCUAAAAAACCCAAGGCGCGGGCACGAGAUCAGUGGUGCGCGCUCCCGGUGGUGAGUGCAGAUUGAGAUUCACAGCGUUCAGUCAGACAGCCAGCCAGCUCCCCGGAAUGACUCCCACUCCCACGCUGCCUCAGCGAUGUCGCACCCGGGCACAGUGUUCAUCCUGAGAAUCGUCUACCUCAGAUGAUCGUCCGGGAUCCGCGCGUGUGUCUCGGACGUUUGGGUUUCUGCAGUGCGAUGCUGACAACAUGUUUCCUCGUCGAGAAGCUCAGCGCUGUGCCGAGUAACGUUAGAGGAGGACGGGGCAGCGGAGUGGAGCAACGUGCACGGUUCCAGCAGGCUGUUGCAGUCAGGCAGCAUCAUGGAGGCCGGAUGUGUGGUUGCCGCGGUGAUUGAGAAUGCUGCCUCAGGACCCCAGGGUGAACCAGGAAGUGGUGACGUCCUUGAGGGAUAUGUCAUCCCAUCUGCUGACCUGGACAAAGACGAUGCCUUACUUCAAGCCACCAACAAUAAUCCUUCAGAGGAGACAUCCACUGCCAUGGUGAGGAGCGAUGACAUCACGGAGCACCCAGCCGAGCCCCUCCUGCGCUCCUGCGUCAGCACGGCGAGCAUGAAGGUCAAGAACAUGAAGAAGCUGACGUUUCCCAGAGGUCACUUCCCCAGGUUGGAAGAGUGUGCCCACUUCCACUACGAGACGGUGGACUUUGGCAACGUUCAGUUGGAAUUUGCAGAGGGGCAGAGCGAAGGACCAAAAGCUGGUCUGGACUCCAAAGAGCUGGUCUUUCUGAUCCAGAUCACUUGCCAGGCUCGAAACUGGCUUGUAAAGAGAACCUAUGAAGACUUCCGAGUGCUGGACAAACAUCUGCACUUGUGUAUCUAUGACCGCCGUUACUCCCACCUCACCGAGCUGCCCCGAUACGACACAUUAAAGGACACCGUGGAGACGGUAACCAAGAUGCUGGCCACCUACCUGUCCCGCUUCUCAGCCAUUGCUGACAACAAGAUCAACUGUGGUCCAGUGCUCACAUGGAUGGAGAUUGACAACAAGGGGAACCAUUUGCUGGUGUCUGAGGAAGCCUCCAUCAAUGUCCCUGCCAUCGCUGCUGCCCACGUCACCAAACGUUACACAGCCCAGGCCACAGACGAGUUGACUUUUGAGGUGGGGGACAUCGUGUCAGUCAUAGACAUGCCUCCCAAAGAAGACACAGGCUGGUGGAGAGGGAAACAUGGCUUUCAGGUUGGUUUCUUCCCCUGCGACUGUGUUGAGCUGAUAAAUGACAAGAUUCCCCCCAGUGUUCAAAGCUCGGUGCCGAAGCCAGUGUGUAAGAAGCACGGGAAGCUGGUAACGUUCCUAAGGACUUUUAUGAAGUCCCGACCGCCGCCUCAGAAGCUGCGGCAGCGCGGCAUCCUCAGAGAGAGAGUGUUCGGCUGUGACCUGGGGGAACAUCUCCACAACUCAGGACAUGAGGUCCCGCAGGUUGUCAAGAGCUGUGCCGACUUCAUCGAGAAAAAUGGAGUUGUGGACGGAAUCUACAGACUGUCUGGGAUCUCCUCUAAUAUCCAGAAACUGAGGCACGAGUUUGACUCCGAACAGAUCCCCGACCUGACCAGGGAAGUCUUCAGACAGGAUAUCCACUCAGUGGGCUCACUCUGCAAGCUGUACUUCAGAGAGCUGCCCAACCCUCUGCUCACCUACCAGCUCUACGGCAGAUUCUCAGAGGCCGUGUCUGCAGCCACAGAUGAGGAGAGGCUUGUCAAAAUCCACAACGUCAUCCAGCAGCUGCCUCCUCCACACUACAGGACUCUGGAGUACCUCAUGAGACACCUGUCCCACCUGGCCACCUUCAGCCCCAUCACCAACAUGCACACUAAAAACCUGGCUAUCGUCUGGGCGCCUAACCUCCUCAGGUCCAGACAGAUCGAGUCGGCCUGUUUUAGCGGCACAGCAGCGUUCAUGGAGGUGCGUAUCCAGUCGGUGGUGGUGGAGUUCAUCCUCAACAACACCGAGGCGCUUUUCAGCGCUAAACUCAAUGCCAUUAUACGUGAAAGCACAGGUAACAACACCUUAUCCCGACCCAAAUCCCUGCUGGUCUGCUCCCCAUCCACAAAGUUGCUGUCUCUGGAGGAGGCCCAGGCUCGCACUCAGGCACAGCUGAGCUCCCCGGCCACCUCCCCCUGCCUCACCCACAGUGACUACAUCGAGGUCGGGGAGGGGCCCGGAGCUCUGCUCGGCAAGUUCCACACAGUCAUCGAGCUCCCGAUGGAGAGCGGAAAGCGGCCUCCUGUUAAGGCUAAGAAGUCUCCUGUGGGGAAUUGGCUCUCCUUUUUCCACCUGGGCAAGUCCCACUCCGUGUCCAAACGUAAACUGAAGCGACACCCCAGCGAGCCUAACGAGAUAAAGAGCAUUGCACUGCCAGGUGGAAGAGGAGAUAGUGGCACAUUGCGCUCCACCAAAAGUGAGGAAUCUCUCACCUCUUUGCACAAUGUGGAAGGAGAACCCCCGAGUUACCGCUCCCGCAGACCUCGUUCGACUAGUGAGGCCGUUUCUGGCAUCUGUAGAGACGACGUACGCAACACCAGAAGUAAAGACAACCACAGAACCCACCCACUGAAUGGGAGUCAUAAUGGUGCUGAUCAUGUCCGCACCGCAGCGUGCAUUUCGCCUCCACACCAGGAGGAUGAUAUCGAUCUUUGUCCGCCCGCUGCAGGCAUCUAUAGUUUGGACUUUGACCCCAUGUCAUUUCAGUGCAGCCCACCCUCAGCGACGCCUGGGCUGCAACACAAGAACGAUGGAAAUAAAUGGAGGAAGAGCACAGGGUGUCCCGGUGAAUCAGAGCCCAUCGCCUCUCCUAACAACAACAUUCGCGGCUAUCAAUCUCCAGAUAUCAGCCCUGCUCUCGGUAAAGGUGGAAAAAAGGUCACCUCCAAGCCGCUCUCCCCUAAACUCAGGAAGAAAUCAUUUAAGACGCAGGCAGAUGUUCAGAAUGCAUCCGCCUCGCCUCCUCCUCUUCCUUCUUCCUCCCCCCCGGUGGAGAGGUGUGAAGCUCGACUGGCAGAUGGAAAGGAGCCGAGAGCGCCCUACCCACACUGCAGCCCAAUCAGCACAGCGAGCCAGGGAUCAGCCUUGACCGACCUCAGUCAGUCUGCACAAAACCUGCCCGAUCCAGGAACAGAUAGACUUAUGAGUUCAGUGUCUGUUCUCCCUCCUCACCCUCCCUUGACGAGUGCUGCACGCAAGCUGGCGUUGGCUCUGGCUGAAUCUGCCCAGAAGGCCAGCAGUGACUCCCAGAGAAGAAACAACGUCCCAUCGCAUGCCCAGGAUAGACCGCCCCGGCCCUCUGUUCUCGAUCUGAAAGGGUACCCCCAGGAGUACCCACAUGCUUCUCAGUGGCAAACAUCAGCUCACAGCCCUGUGAAGAGCCAACGCUGCCCUCAUCUCGUUCAUUUCCGACCCGCGCACCCCGGCUCGGAGCCGUUGCAGGUCAUUGACAGACAGGAAAGCGUGGGCAAUUUCACACCUAAUGUCAGCCCGCUCGGGUCAGAGAGCUUGGAUGAAGGCAGCACAGAGAGGAGGGACCGCAGGGAGGAAAAAGAGUUUAUAGACACCUCACAAGCAGAACCAACCUAUCAGAGUGUUGGGGUUUCAACACCCACCCAGCCUGUCUGCUCCUCUCAUAGCCCGUCAACUUCUCCUGUAUAUGUGAACACCGACUCCAUCAAUGUAUUUAAUUUCCGCGCUGUUCUGGCGGAGACCUCCAUACCUGCCUCAGUCGAGGAGGUCAUUCCACGUCCGUUACAGCCCUCCUCAAUCCAUCACUACAGCCCAGAGGAGGACAGACCUUGGGGCCUGGUUGAGGAUAUCUACAGCAAUCAUCAUCAUCAUCACCAUCAUCAGCCGAUUCUAACGGGGCGAAUGCCUGCACCUCACUGCCCUCGGCCUGAUGCUCUGCCACAUCACCUUUUGGGACGAAAAAGCAUGUACAGGCAGUCCUCUGAAGGCCGUUACAGCACUUUAGGGUUAAGGCACCCUUUAUCACCUCAAUACAGACGUUCCCACAGAGAUGAGCAUCUUAUCAGUGGCUGCCACAGGCAACCAGGCCAAUGGCAGAGGUCAGAAGAUAGAGUGGUCGGGCACCCGGCCAUCCGGAGGGCUCACUCCUUCCACGCCCCUCACAUUAGUCACUACGAGCUGGCGGAGGCAGAAGUCCUGCCCCCUGACACCAUGUUUUAUGUUGAACAGACGUCGAGCCAGGAAGUGCCCUACGAUAGGCUGAUUCAGACCGGCAUCCACCCUGUCCGGCAGCAGUUUGAGAACACACGUGCUGACUAUCGUUACAGCCCCUAUUCUGAAAUGAACCCAGUGGAUGUCUCCGGCUAUUAUGUAGAGCCCUGCCGGCAAAGCAGUGUCCGACACAGUCAGUCUUACACAAUGCGUUCCACAAGGGAAAGUGGACAAUCGGAUUACUACAACUACUCUCCUCACCAUGUUCCCCCUGUGAACAGGGAGCUUUACAUAGAAAGCAGGGACACUGUUGUUUACGAGGCUCGAGAUGCAGACGUUUUGGAAAGAGUCGUAUAUCAACCAGUCAAGCAGGAGAGUCACUCGAGACGUAAAAACACACAUCCGGCGGUGUCUCCGUACGAGAGCCCCGUCUCGCCAACUGACACGAGAAACAGAGACAUAAUGCACACACGAAGCAAGUCAGACCCUGGAAACGCCUGCCUCCUCUCGGCCAACAGGACAGAAAGCCCAAAUGUUGGGGUAGCUCCAUCCCCAACUUCUCAACAGGCGGAACAUGAGGUCACCAGGCAGCAGCAUGGUCACCGGUCGAGCGCGGAGCCGAGACCAUUCAGGCGGAUUCAGAUCAAAGAGAGCUCCUCGCGGCAACCACCGCUUCGCAAAGUCCCCUCUCUUCCAGAAAGGGGCUGUUCUAACCUCAAGAACAUGGAGCACCAUAACAGAAGCCACACACAGGCUCAUGACCAGGAUCGAUUCAUGAUGACCAACGCUGUCAAGUACUCUGGUGUUGUGAAACCCGGCAUCCUCAGAAGGCCGGGGAGGUCGCAGAGCACUAGAGAAAAUCGUCACUACUAUCAUUACCAAGCCAAAUCCUCUCUGGAUCCUGAACAUCUGGGAUCCUUUUCUACUCAGCCCAACAGAAGGACUCAGAGCACUAAAGUCAGGCCCACGCAAUAUGGCCACAAUGAGGGGUAUUACGCAGCGCCCAGGCCUAAACCUACAAGAUCCGGUAAAGCCGCGGCCGGAUAUAUGGCUGGCCAGGGCUGCAUGUCUCCCCGCGGGCACGGACUGCUGUCCAAGGCACUGGGUCAGGAAGCUUUUUAUCAUGCUGCACUGAGAUCAGAAGCCGGGGUCUAUGACUGAUUCUGACCACUGGUUUUAUCCGAUUCCACAUUGGGGCCAAAGGAGAACAGCACUUUAUCCUCCGCCAGACCGGCGGACUGUCGUGUUGAUAAUUUCUUUUAACCAUCUGGAGCUGCUAAAAAGUGUGAAGUGGGGCUGCUGCUCGGGCUCCUACUGUCUCGCCGUCACUGGCAGUUUCAUAUUUUGCAACGACUUUUGAGGGAGCUCAAAGGGAACAAGUGAAUCUUAUGCAGAUAUUGUCUUAAAUGUAUUUGAAAGUAACACUUAAGAGAGGCAAGUUUGAGAAAACGAUGGCUUAUAUCUAUUUUAUUUAAUGUUAAAACAACAAGAGAUGCCAAGUUAUUGGUUUUAUUAAUAUGAUUUCAGUAUAGGAAGGUGUAUAAAAUAACAGUCAUUUUAAAUGUAUUAUAUUUGUAUAAAUAACACACCGCUAACAUGUGCCCAAUGUACUGUACAUUUUGUUUUCUAUUCUAGUCGGCUCAGACCUUAAGCACUUUUGAGGAUAACUGUGUCUCCACGUGGUGUACAUGAAGCCUCUCGAUUGAUAUACAGUAUUUUUUCUUCUUCUGUAUGCUUGCUUUGAAUCGUCGUUAAAUAAUAAAUUAGCACUUUUGGGGGUGGGGAGGGGGGUAAAAUGGAAGAUGACCUCAUGGUUUCUAACUUUUUCCUUUUUUUCUUUAUCACACAUUGUAGAAUGCAGUCUUAAAAUAACAAGGAGUGCUAUGAUUUCUGUUAAGGUCAAAGCUACCAUGGCGAAAUAUGCUACCCAUAGAGUAAAUGCAAAUUAGCUCAUUCAGCUCAGUGAAAAAAGUGUAUUUUGUGUGGCAUUGUGGUUUUGUCACAAAAAUGAACUUUUCUUUCCUCUUUUAGGGAACUUUUAUUAAUGUGGUGUUUUACAUGAAAUAUGAUGUUGUUUGAUUCAUUAAUUUCCAAUCCAAACACCUAGAUGGGAAUAUUCUGUUAAGAUAUGUUGAAUUUGUUAUUUUAGUGAGAGUCUUUAAAAAAAAUAAAGAUAUAUUAUCAAUGA